AGGUUUCCCUUCUGUCCCCCUCCUUCUAUCACUCCCUCUCCGGGCUCACCGACCAUGGCUUCCCCAGCCCGGACUGCCAGGAGCGGCUUGCUGGAGCUCAGGAGUCCCGGGGAGCGCUGGAGCCGGAUCCUUCUACUGCUGGGCGAGGAGACCCUCAGCUUCACCCCGGAGCCGGAGAGCGGGGCAGCCGAGGAGAAGGCGGUGAAUGGGGGGGAGCCGGCUGGAGGAGUCCCGGACUCUAUCGUCAACCUGCGGAGGACUGUCCGGGUGGUGAAGCAGGAGGCUGGAGGUCUGGGGGUCAGCAUCAAGGGCGGAAGAGAAAACAAGAUGCCUAUCCUCAUCUCCAAGAUUUUCAAGGGAUUGGCUGCGGACCUAACAGGUGCUCUUUAUGUGGGUGACGCCAUCUUGUCCGUUAAUGGGGCAGACUUAAGCGAAGCCACCCAUGAUGAUGCCGUGCAAGCUCUGAAGAAGACUGGCAAAGAGGUGGUGCUGGAAGUAAAGUACAUGAAGGAGAUAUCCCCCUUUUUUAAAGGCCCCAUCCCUGGUGGCCCAGGGAGCUGGGAUAAUAUACCACCUGUCCCACAGAAGAGAGGUUCCCCUGCUCUGCCCACUCGGGAUAUAAAGGAUGGAAAGAGUAUUCCACUAAAGAUGUGUUUUGUGUCCCGCACCUUCUUGCCUGCUGAUCCAGAGCCCAGAUAUCUUGAGAUUUGUUCUGCAGAUGGUAGAGAUGUUCUUUUCCUUCGAGCAAAGGAUGCCGGGACAGCCCAGUCAUGGUUCACUGCCAUUCACAGUAAUGUCAACGCUCUAAUACCAAGAGUCCGCGAAGAUAUUAAACAGAUCCUGGGCAAGGAGGUCAAACACAUGGGCUGGCUGACUGAACAGCUGACGCCAGAGGGACAGCGGAACUUACUGGCCAUUCUUACAGAAAAAGAUUUCCUAUUGUACAACAGCCUCCCGCACACCAGAGAGGGGUUCAGUAAACCAGCCGGAUGCCACCCGCUUAUUGCCACAAGGCUUGUACACUCUGGGCCCCCCAAGAGCUCACCGAUCUACGACACUGAGCUGGCCUUCGCUCUUCGCUCUGGCACACAGAAGGGGGUGGAAACUCAUUUGUUCAGCGUGGCAACGCCGAGAGAGCUGGCGGAGUGGACACGGGCAUUAGUAGACGGAUGCCACAAUGCAGCGGAGCUUAUACAAGAGGUGACAACAGCAUGUACAUGGGGCGGAAAGGAGUGUGCACUCUCUAUACACAUCGACAAAGGAUUCACACUCUUCACGGAGGAGCCUGGACUCAACAGAAUCGUUCACCUUCAUAAACCCUUCGAGAAACUCCGGAUGUCUUCUGAUGAUGGUGCCAGGAUGUUGUAUCUGGACUUUGGCAACCCCGAGGGUGAACUUCAACUGGAUCUUCACUCUUGUCCCAAAACCAUCGUCUUCAUCAUUCACUCGUUCUUGUCAGCCAAGGUGUCUCGCAUGGGUCUCUUACCGUAAGGAGGAGUUCCGGGGAAGUCCUACAGAGAACCAAAGUAGUUCCUGCACUAAUCCACUCAUAAAUGAAAAGAGCUUCUUGGGUUGCCUAAGCCAUCCUUGGAACAAUUGUCGGCACCGGAAUCGUUCCUGCCGCAGUUGUCGCUGUGUUAUACGAUACACUUUAACCCUGUGUUACCUGGUGCCAAUACCUUUCACAGCAACGUAGUGCCUUACAUGUAGUUUUAUGUAACGGUUUUCGAUGCACAGAUAUGAAGAGCGCAGGCACCUCACCGUUCCUGUUUGAUCAAGAAGGAGAUUUUCGGUGCCUUCAGCUGUUUUCUUCAAAUGUUGUAGAUAGAGCUGUAAAAUACAACACUGGGUCCUAAGCUGUAUUCUUAUUUCUACAUCUGACUUAAAAUGUUGUGCAUUAUAAUUAUAUAUAUAUAUUAUAUAUGUAUAUUCAUAAGAAGAAGUCAAAUAAGAUAUAUUUAGUUUUUAUUAGAGUUGAAAAAAAAUUCAUUGACAAGAUGGUGUCUGUUUUCAUUUUUUUCCACUGUGGUCAAGUGAGACGGUGAUGACAUGUCAGCUCUCCAUUGGCUGAAAAAUAUGUGUGUGCCCUUGUUGGUUACCCUCUUGUUUAAAGGGGAUCAUGCAACCGAUUUGAAUUGCAUUGUUACAAAUGGAUCUAGUUAUAAAAAAUUUGCAUUCGCACAGGUGUCAUGAAUAACCCCCAAAGGUUGCCUAAUAUGUUGAUUUCCAAUGAUCGUCGGCUCCAUCUAGUGGCCAUAAUGUAGUAUUUUUCUGAAAUACCUCAAUCAGGAAAGUCACGCAUUGUGGCCACAAGGUGGAGCUGAUGAUCAUAGGAAAUAAUGACAAUUGCUUGAGACAUUUGCACUGCAAAUUUUUUAUAAAUAGAUCCCAAAGUGUGCCAUGUUGAGGUGCUAGCUUCUGAUGGUGACACAUGGCUGCUUCAUGUGUUUAGAUCAAGGAUAUGCCAUAAAGACAGUCUGUUACAUUUUAAAUGUUUUUUUUUUUUUUUCACAAAUCAGUGUGAAGCUUUAAAAUUCUUUAAUAAACUUUUAAGCCAGAAAUGUCUGGAUUUGGA